ACCCCGCCGCGGGAGUAGGGCGCGAGCGAGCCGUUCGUCUCAGGGCAGGGAACUGCCACUUCCCGGCGAAGGCGCUGCAAAUCGGAAGAAGGGCCCUGCGGGUAUGCUAUGACGGGUUGCAGGCUGCCUCUUGGUGCUUUUAGAAAUCUAAAUGUCUGGCUUGGACUCUUGGAGAAUCCUCCUUAUAAACUCUGCACACCUUGGAGGAGGUUUCUUUCUUCUGCAAGCCAUCAGCCAGUAGUGACAAUCACCCAGAAACAUUUCUGCGUUUCUCCCAUUAAAUGCCAUGCAUUUUUAAUACCUUUGCCCCCAAACAUGCCAAGGAUUUCUGUGAGACUUAAGAGCAAUAAAAGCUCUCGAAAGAACAUGAAACAAACUUUGCAAGAGGAGACUGACGAGGAGGAGGAGGAGGAGGAGGAGGAGAAAAGUGAUUCAGAAGAUGAGUUUGAAGAUGAUUCUACUGUACUGAAAGACUACAAAGAUCUUGAAAAAGUAGUACAGUCUUUUCGGUUCGAUGUAAUCAUGAAGGCUGGUCUAGAUAUUGCAAGAAACAAAGUGGAAGAUGCGUUCUACAAUGGCAAACUCAGGCUGAAUGGAGAGAAACUAUGGAAGAAAAGCAGAGCGGUAAAAGUUGGUGACACUCUGGAUCUCAUCAUCGGAGAGGAUAAAGAAACAGAAACUGCUGUAGUUAUGAGAGCUGUCUUAAGAAAAGCCUCAGACAAGGAUGACAAUGAUAAAUACAGAGUGGUUUUAAGGCGUUGGAGAAACUUAAAGGUGCCCAAGCAAGAUGUCUUUAAGUGAACUAGGAUUUGCAUGUGGCAGUAGUUUCCUUGUGAGCAACUACAUUUGUUAUACAACAUCUGAAUUUUGGUUAAACAAAAUUCUUGCACUCUAAAAAAUAUUAUUUAAAUGGGUAUGGAAUGACAUGCCAUCUUCCUUACUGUAAACAUCACCUCUAUUCAUGUGACUGUCAGUUAGCUGCUUUUGUUUCAUACUAAGGGAACAAACAAUGUUUCUAUGAGAUGAGGUAACAAAGCAAGCCCCUCAACCCUGCCACAAAGGGUCCUUCAAACCUAGAGCUGAUUUUGGGAGAGGUGCAGGGAGGAGGGAGAAUCACCCCCCCCUCCUGUUCCAGUGACAGAAGCCUUCCAUUGGGAGAGGAUCACUAAUUGGAUUUCACCCUUAUUGUUCCCAUUAAUUUCAAGGUACAGCUUGAGCAAACACCUGUAGAAAUCAGUUUACUUCCAUAAACAAUGUCGGCUUAGCAACCAGUUGAAAAAUUACUAGAUGAUAAAGGGCAAAAUAUGUGACGACGUAAUGAUAAUUCUUAUCACCUAAGCUUGUGUGGUAUAGGAAAGCAAAAUAAAGACUUCCAGGUUAAAGGUAAGUAUUGCAUUUCACCCUGGGAAAAAUAUUUUCUUCAUUAUUAUUAUUAUUGUCAAUACAAAAUUGUGCCUGCCUUUAAAUGAGAUUUGUUGCCAUGUGAAAAUUUCUGGUGUUUAAUACUAGCUUAAUAAAGCCCAACAAUAUAUAUAAAACUGUAAAUGCAUUUUUUGUGUCCUUAAAGAUUUGGUGUUAAAAAGGUUGGCCAACACAAUGAAAAAAUUAUUGGAUUGUUAGGGAAUAUUUAAUUAAUGUUUUAAAAAGCUUAGCUUAAAACAGGGCAACAAAACUGUUGGGAGUAAAACUUGGCUGUUAAAUCGCAGUUAAACGUAAGACAAGUUUUCAAACCCUCUAUCUUUAGAAAAUCUUUUCCAUGAUGCUUACUUCCAAGGAAUCCCUGCACAUUGGCCAUUUGAUCCAUGUGUUGCAGAGGAUUCUGGGAAAUCUUCAAGGAUACGUUCUCACACUGCUUAGGUAGUCUUGUUGGGCCUCACCAUUCCCACAAAUUAACUAACAAUUCAUAGUUGGGUAGCAGAAAGCUAGCUGCCUUAAGAGGACAAACGCCUGUUAUUUCUGUUCUCAUUGUGCAACUCAGGGUUUACUGGAACAGGUUAAAUGAAACCUGCUGAUGUGAAUUCCAGUCCUUGGAAUUUACAGAAAAUCCUACUCAAUAUUCUGGUUUUCUUAAUUAAAUGUCUCUGUUUAGCCACCCUAUGGUAAGGAUUUUAUUAUAGUUGAUGCCUAUUUUUGCCUUUAUAGACUUAGAAUAAAAUGAAUUGGGACACAAAGGAAGUUUACA